CCAGCCGCCCGGAGAGCAGGGGAAGCGCUUGGUGCCGCCCGGAGUCUGCUGCCCUCUCAGUGCGAGGACCCGCUGCGCGUUGGUGCAUUUACACAGCCUGCUGUCUUCCUGCCCCCGACCUCCCCCCUCUCUGCCCCACUGAGCCGCUAUACAAUCCUCAGCAGUGCCCUGAGACUGUAUAGCCGGCUCCGCCAGAGGGUUACUUCUCAAGGACUUUGCAUUAUACUUCGGCAGUAUUUUUUUUUGCGUCACUUUGACAUCCCUUCUGCAUUUGCGCAUCACAUUCGGUAACUUUUUGCAGGGGGCUUGUUAUUUUUACUGUUCCAUUCUCCUGCUCCCUGUUUAAUGCUCCCUGUGCCCCUGUGACUUUCUCCGAUCCCCGAUCCCUCAUCAUGACCGCUGACAAGGAAAAGAAACGAAGCAGUUCAGAGAGAAGAAAAGAGAAAUCCCGGGAUGCAGCAAGAUGCCGGAGAAGCAAGGAGACCGAGGUGUUCUACGAGUUGGCUCAUCAGUUACCUCUGCCUCAAAACAUCAGUUCGCAUCUAGACAAGGCGUCCAUCAUGCGUCUGACAAUCAGCUUCUUACGGACACACAAACUCUUGUCAUCAAUUUGUGCGGAGCCUGACGUCGAUCCCGACGCAGAGAACCAGCUGGAUAAUUUGUACCUAAAGGCUCUUGAGGGUUUUGUGGCAGUUGUGACCCAGGAUGGCGACAUGAUCUUUCUGUCCGAAAACAUCAGCAAGUACAUGGGCCUAACACAGGUCGAAUUAACAGGACAUAGCAUUUUUGACUUUACUCAUCCAUGCGAUCAUGAUGAAAUUCGAGAAAAUCUGAGUCUUAAAGCCGGUGUUGGAGUCGGAAAAAAGAACAAAGAUAUAAAUAAUGAACGUGAUUUCUUCAUGAGGAUGAAAUGCACCGUCACCAACAGAGGCAGGACUGUAAACCUUAAAUCUGCUACAUGGAAGGUUCUUCAUUGUACCGGACACGUCAAGGUGUACAAUUCCUAUCAUCCAAACACACUUUGUAGCUACAAGGAACCUUUGCUUAAUUGCCUUGUCAUGAUGUGUCAGCCAAUACAGCAUCCAUCCAACAUCGACAUCCCUCUGGACAGCAAGACUUUUCUGAGCCGCCACAGCAUGGACAUGAAGUUCACUUAUUGUGAUGACAGAAUUACGGAAUUGAUUGGAUAUCAUCCAGAGGAGUUGCUCAAUCGUUCCAUUUACGAGUUUUAUCAUGCUUUGGAUUCCGAGAUUAUGACUAAGAGCCACCAGAAUUUGUGCACUAAAGGUCAAGUGGUCACUGGCCAGUAUCGGAUGUUGGCAAAGCACGGUGGAUAUGUUUGGGUGGAGACACAAGGCACUGUCAUCUACAACUCCCGCAACUCCCAGCCACAAUGCAUUGUGUGUGUGAACUACGUCCUGAGCGAAAUUGAGAAGAAUGAUGUCGUGUUUUCGAUGGACCAGACGGAGUCUCUGUUUAAACCGCAUCACGUAACCAUGAAUUCCAUCUUCAGCAAUGCCAUCUCUGAUAAGAGCGACUUCCUCUUCACAAAGUUAAAGGAAGAACCCGAAGAGUUGGCACAGCUUGCACCCACUCCAGGAGAUGAGAUCAUCUCAUUGGACUUUGGUGCGCAGACAUUUGAAGAAACACCUGCUUAUAGCAGUGCUGUUCAGACAAGCCCAAGCGAGGCAUGGCCCUUGGACAUUAAGAGCCACACUCCCCAGGCCGAGGCAAUAAAUCAUCCGUCCUUCACCGCUCCUCAGGUAGCAGCUGGGAACAGUACCCCAAGUGUUAGCAGCAACAGCAGCUGUUCCACGCCAAGCAGUCCAGGAGAAUAUUAUACUUCUUUGGAAGAAGAUCUCAAGAUUGAGCUGAUUGAAAAACUUUUUGCAAUGGAUACUGAAGCAAAGAAUAAGUGUAACACUAGCCAGAAUGAUUUUAAUGAACUGGACCUUGAUACCCUUGCUCCAUACAUUCCCAUGGAUGGUGAAGAUUUCCAACUGAAUCCAAUAUGUCAAGAUGAAUGUCCACUCAGCGAAAGCACACAAAACUCCCAGCAGAAUUUAAGCGCUAUAAGUGCUCUCUUCCAGUCUAGUGCUCCACCCCCGCAGAGCCAAUUAUUUUCCCAGAAUUGUUGUCAACCUAUGGCAGCUAAAAGCAGUAAUCCUGCCCCGGAUUCCCUACCACCGGGGCUUUUUAAUGGUGAGAAAAAGUCUCCGCCAUUAAUAAGUUACCAUACAGGUGCUAAUAUUCCAUUGUCUUCAAUGGGAGGGAGACCUAACGUCCAGUGGCCUCCCGAUCCUCCAGUCGGUUACAUGCCAGAAAAAUGGAGGUUAAGAGAUCAGUACAAUGGGUCGUUGAGAAACUCCCCAUCGGGACCCCCUGUGCAUUUGCCCGGCAUGUCUUUGUACAAACAAAGGUCACUGGAGAGUUUUGGCCAGCGUGGUAAAGACUUACACCCAGCUGCAGAGAUGUUAUACUGCAACAAUAUGAAGCGCAAACGGCAGCUCGAUUACGGAGACCCGGUGUUUCCGCAGCUUAACGUGGGAGAGUUACCUGAUAAUACCAUACCGCCUUUAAUGUGGAAAAGAAUGAAAUCUCUUAAACCAGAAAACUGUCCCCUUAUGGCAGAAAAGAAGUCUCUGAGUACAAGUGUCCUUACUGAUGAAUUCAUCUGCAACCGACACAGAAGCCUAAGCCAACACGUGACUCAACCGCAACCACUGCAGCAACCGUGCCCACCACGAGACAAGUGCAAGACACCCUAUCCAGCCACGUUCUUCAGCUGCAACUACCACGAUUACAACGCGCCACAAUCACAGAGAAUGAAAGGUCUGGCAAACCGACUAAUUGCGCCAUCUUUUGAACCGUAUCUGUUGCCUGAAUUGACCCGAUAUGACUGUGAGGUUAACGUGCCGGUCCUAGGUAACUCCACUUUGCUGCAAGGAUGCGAUCUGCUUAAAGCUCUCGACCAGACGACCUGAGGAGCAGCGGAAUGUCUACCGGCUCGUAACUGUUCAAAAGGCUUCGGUUUUCUAAAUAUAUAUUUUUUUCAAGUAGACAAGUCUCUAUCACUGAUAACACUUUUACCAGACUCACUUACUUAUCGAACUUUGUUCACAAUACCAAAUAGUGGCCUUCUUGAAAUGACUUCAUAUUACAGAUAUGCAUAUGUUUUUACCUGCUGUAUUUUUUUUCUUCUUUGUUUAAAUAAUAAAGUGUAUAGUCUAGAAAAUAUUUUACACACCUUCUUACCCUGUAAAAGUAAUUUAUAUUUUUUUAAAUGGCCACAGAUAAAAUUUUGUGCUUAUAUAUAUAUAUUUUAUCGUACAGGAACCAUACAUGAAAUGGAUGAUGUUACUGAGUAAAAGAUUAAAAAAUGCCUAUUGUUCAUUGAAAAGAUGCAGUGCUAGAAGUGCGUUGGUCCUUGAAGAAGGUUAGGGACAGCCUUAGCAUAUGGACCAAGUUGGUGGGCUUUGAUGGACGUUUAACCCAUCAUUGCAUCUGGCCGACUUCACGGCUCCUAGUGAAUUCCUGGUUGUCGGAACCAUUUGUAAAUGGUAAUGAGGCUCCAAAGAAACCAUUGCAGAUGCUCCUAGAUGUCUUUAAGUGGAGGGAGACAAUGGAGCGCGACCUCCGCUGAUCGUUUUCCAAAGCCAUGCUCAAUGAUUUUAGAGAAAGGGUCUCUCUGCUGGCAGACUCUUAACUUCUCGGGUAUCCUUAGUGUCUCCGACUGACAUUCAUAUUUUUGGCACAUUUUUGAUCCCAUGCGUGCCGCCAAAAAGCUACAGAAUUAUGCCUUAAACUAAAGAUUGCAGGCAAUCUAAUUUGACCUCAUUAGCGAUUAGCACUAGACGAGGGUUUGGGCUCACUGCUUUUAUGAUACGUGUCUUCAAGGUUACUUAAGCACUGCUUCUAUAAAAUAUGUCGCUAAACAUUUGUUAAUGGUGUGGUCAUAUAGACUUU